AUGGAUAUUGGUAGUACAUCUUCUCGCCGUUUGAAUUUCGAGUAUGCUCAUGGGGAUAUGGUUGAUGAGGGCAGUAUGAAUCAGUUGGUUAACUUGACAAGUAUGAACAAUAAGGAAGAUACUCCGAAGAUUGGUAUGAGCUUUGAUACUGAAGAGGAUGCCUAUGAAUUUUAUCUAAAGUAUUCAAAACGUGUGGGCUUUGGUAUUAGAAGAAGCAAAAGUCACAAGAACACAUGUGGAGAAUUAGUUGACAGGAUCUUUUGUUGUAGUGCUCAAGGAAAAAGAUCACACGAUAAACGUGAUGUUUAUGUGAAAAAAGCUCGUCCAGAAACAAGAUUUGAUUGUCAAGCUAAACUGAAGAUUAGCAGUCGAGAAACUGGAAAGCUUUGUGUGGUUCAAUUUGUUGAGGAGCAUAAUCAUUAUCUUUCAAGUCCAAACAAAAUACAUUUGCACAGAAGUCAUAGAAAAAUAGCUCCAGCUGCAGCAUUGCAAAUUCAAAUGGCAAAUGACGUGGGUAUCACACCCAAAGCAUCUCAUGAUCUUAUGGCAAGACAAGUAGGAGGGAGAGAGAAUUUGGGUUUCAUUCCUGAAGAUUACAAAAAUUAUUUGCGAUCUAAAAGAACAAGAGAUUCAAGAAUAGGGGACACAGGUGGAGUAUUAGAAUAUCUGCAGCAGAUGCAAUUUGAUGAUCCGAAUUUUUUUUAUGCCAUUCAAGUUGAUGAAGAUGACUUGAUUACAAAUAUUUUUUGGGCUGAUGCAAAGAUGAGAACAGAUUACUCACAUUUUGGGGACGUGACUGUGGUUUUUGGUGCUGCAUUGUUAUAUGAUGAAACAUCUGUGAAAUUUGAGUGGCUAUUUGAUACAUUUACUAGAGCUAUGGGUCAGAAGAAACCAAUUACUAUUCUUACAGAUCAAGAUGCAGCAAUGGCUAAGGCAUUAUCUUCUAUAUGGCCUGAAACUCAUCAUCGUUUAUGUCUUUGGCAUAUUUGUCACACCCCAAUUUCUGAAGGAAUAACUAUAACUGAGGACUUUGGUUCUGUGGUUGUCGGUUUUCGGGAUUUUGUUGUUGUGGCGCUCCUCCUCUUUUCUUUGGGCAUGCUGCAGCAAAAUGCCCUGUUUCUCCGCAAUAAUAACAAGCAUUCGUUCCUUUCAUGCAUUCCCCUAAAUGGGGUUUCCGACACUUUGGGCAAGGUGGUGGAGUUAUCGCUUGCGACUGUUCGUUCUGAUGCUGAUUCGGAUUUUGAUUAG